UGCUGUGCUCUGAUGUUCAGUGAUGCUGGUGUCUCUCAGUGCAGGUGAUUGUCAGCAGCAGUGAGGGAAUCACCGCUCUCCACUCUCACGCUCCUCCAGAGCUCCACAGACCUUCAUUACUCCAGUCUGUCGAUGUGAGACGCGGAUGACAAAGUUGAAAUCGCAGGUGCACGAAUCGAACCGUCCAUUUGCAGACGUCGCGGCGAAGAAGAGGGAUUAUAUCGCGAGCCAUUCUGUGAUGGCUUUAUGAGGUUGUGUGUGAGAUCUCUGGGAACAAUCGUGAGCAGAAUGCAUAGACACGUGACAAGAGAGACCUUCCUCGUCCUCUUCCUCAUCAUCAGCCUGAUGUGGCCCAUACAUUCAGAGUUCUCCAACUGUGUGAUCAAACGUGAGGAGGAGAGAUGCUUGGAGCGAAUUGCGCUGCACAACCCUAAAGAUGACGAAAAGUUUGAGUGUCCGUGGGAGUGGGACAAUCUGACCUGCUGGCAGGCGGCCAGUGUCGGCGAGGUCGUGAAGGUCAGCUGUCCCGAGCUCUUCGAGUUCAUGAGUCCAGAGGAAGGACUCGGCAUUAUCAGCAGAAACUGUACGGAGUUCGGUUGGUCUGAAACGUAUCCGCACUAUGUUGAUGCCUGUGUCGUUGGUGACAACACAACCAAACCUGACAUGUACUAUGCGUCUGUGAAAGCUCUCUAUACGGUGGGCUACAGCACGUCUCUGGUGUCUCUGACCACAGCUAUGGUCAUUCUGUGUCGCUUCCGCAAGCUUCACUGCACCAGGAACUUCAUCCACAUGAACCUGUUUGUGUCCUUCAUCCUGAGAGCCAUCUCUGUGUUCAUUAAAGACGGGGUCCUGUAUGCUGAGGAGGACAGCGACCACUGCUUUGUUCAUACUGUGGGAUGUAAGGCAGUGAUGGUCUUCUUCCAUUACUGUGUGAUGUCAAACUACUUCUGGCUCUUCAUCGAAGGUCUCUAUCUCUUCACGCUCCUGGUGGAAACCUUCUUUCCAGAGAGACGCUACUUCUACUGGUACACCAUCAUCGGCUGGGGAACGCCCACCAUUUGUGUGACCAUAUGGGCCGUUCUGCGCCUUCAUUUUGAUGAUUCUGGUUGCUGGGACAUGAAUGAUAAUACUGCCCUCUGGUGGGUGAUCAAGGGACCCGUUGUGGCAUCAAUCAUGAUUAAUUUUGUCCUCUUCAUUGGAAUCAUCAUAAUCUUGGUGCAGAAGCUGCAGUCUCCAGACAUUGGCGGGAACGAGUCCAGCAUCUACCUGCGUCUGGCGCGCUCCACCCUGCUCCUCAUCCCUCUGUUCGGAAUCCACUACACUGUUUUUGCCUUCUCCCCAGAGGAUUUCAGCAAGCGGGAGCGACUGGUCUUUGAGCUGGGCCUGGGCUCCUUCCAGGGGUUUGUGGUUGCUGUGCUGUACUGCUUUCUGAAUGGAGAGGUGCAGUCGGAGAUAAAGAGGAAAUGGAGGAGUUGGACGGUGAACAGGUACUUUGCUGUGGACCUGAAGCAGCAGCGUCACCCUUCGCUAGCGAGCAGUGGGGUGAACGGGGGGACGCAGCUGUCCAUCCUCAGCAAGAGCAGCUCACAGAUACGCAUGUCCAGCCCUCUGGCCGAGACGGUCAACCUCAACCUGCCCACCUGAGCGCCUGAUUGGCCCGUCCGUCCAUAAGCCCCGCCCUCCAACUCACCCUCUUCACCUACAGUAGGGCCGACCAGUCACAAUUAGAGAAGAACUUGUAGGCUAAUAAUUAAUGAAAUCUCUGGAUAGUAUUUAAAGAUUCCAAACAAGAUCCAGAACGUGUCACCCAUUAUCGGUUAGAAACAAUUCGUCCAGGGAAAUAUUUAUAGUGCCAAAACUGUUUCGAGCUUAAAAGUUGCAAUUCAGGUUAGGAAGCUUUUUGACCAUAACGCAACUUUUGGAAGGCUUUCUAAUUAAUCUAAUGAGUAAAUAACAAUACAAGCAUAAAAGAAUGUUAUUUUUAAUCAAUAAUAAUGCAGAACAGGGGCUGUAUGAUUCACACCGCAAUGCCAAAAUGAGAUUGCGGCGGAAAUUAGAGUGAAUUUUCAUAUCGCAUUUUGAGCCAUAGAGAAUGUGAACGGUUUGUGGUUAGAAUGUAGUCAGAGAAACAUCAAUCCAUCCAACAGCACAUUGCUUUCUAGUUUAAGUGUAAAUCAGAUAUCAGAGAGAAAGAGAGACGGGUUACAUUUCAGCGUUACGAUAAAAUUUAAUAAUAUAAAGUGCCAAAACAUGAAUAUUUCAGUAUUGUUUUAUCUGCAAGCUACUGUGUUUAUCAGAUCUAUAAAAGAAAAUGUACAGACUUCGUGUUGCUCGUUCAGAUGCUGUGUAUUUGAUUAAAUGUUCUCCACAGAGAGAUUGUAAAACAUAUUUUUUUACAAUCAGCCGUAAGUACAGAGUAUGUCAACAAUAUAAAGACUUAUGAAUGACUCAUGAAUUUAGAUUAUAUGUAAAUGUUGUUAUGGUUUUGUGAUUUAGCUUUUGGCCAGUGUUUUCUUAUUGUCAUGCGAAUGGUUUGUAACUACACAGAGCCAAUAUCAGUAAAUCAAGGAUUGUCAAAAAACAGUUCCGUAAACAAUUACUGGAGCGAGGAGGCUAUUCAACAAUUCCCUCUGAUUUAUUCUGAAGUGCCUGAUGGUCACAAAAAUAGCUUUGAUGGAUCUACUCUAAACAACCAGUGCCAUGCAGUAUUGAUUUAGUUAUUAGUCAUUUAGUAGUGUAGAUUAACAGAUUCAGUGUUCAGGUUUGCUUUGAGAUGCGCAAAUCAAUGCCAUUACAUUACUAUCAGGUGCAUUAUAAAUGCUUUUAGGGCUGACGUGUUCAACUGUGAGAGAAAUGAGACGUUUGAGUGAGAUGUGAAAGUGUUAAAAGGAUAUUUCACCCAAAAAUGUUGAUUGUGUCAUAAUGUACUCACCUUCAUGUCAUACCAAACCUGAUUUUUUAAAUGUUUGUACUCUUAGAAUGAUAAAGAAUGUUGAGCUCCAAAAUGACAUAUGAAUUCAUAUCAUACAAAUGACUUUUAUGAUGCCUUUUGUUGGUGUUGUUCAUAUUUAGAGCUUGACAGCCGGUGAUCACUAUAUGUUGCAUGGUAACAAGUAAAGUAUGCCAGUUUUGAAAUGGCAUGAAGAUGAGUAAAUGAUGACAGGUUUUGAUUAAUUUUUGAGUGAACGCUUUUAAUACUUGAGAGACAGGUAACCCCGACCCUUUACAAGUACAAUAUCUGAUGUCAAUCUGUGAAUCCAACCAAAUUUACUGCAUCACCACUGACUGACAAUCAUAAUUAGUUAUCAUCACUCACAUUUUACAUGUUUGAUCGCGAAAAUAACGUGCACCUAUGUGCAAAGUGGCAAGAGUCUCUGCUAAAAGUGUUGUUUAUUUCCAGUACAGUUUUCUCUGCCGUGAGUGUAAAUUCUCUGUAUACGUUAAAUUUGCACAUGUGCCAGUAAACGAUGGAUGUACCAGCACUCUCUUUAGUCAACACUUGUGGUCAUAAAGUACCAACGAUGUAUGUAAAACUUCUGUGAUUAUAAACGUGCCAAUUUUGAAAUGCAAUAUGCUUUUGUUGCAGCUCAUAGUUGUCGGUGAAUCACAUGGCAGAGUUGAGGUGAUUAUUGAAAUGUACAGUAAAGUGAUGGUCGUGUAGAUCGCACAGAUCUUUUAAAAAAUGUGGGGGAAAUGUAUACGUUUUUCAUUUGGUUGUUAUUUUGAAGUUGAAGUGUGUAAUUUGUGUGCUACUACCAUCAUCAGUUAGGAAAAUGCAAAAAUAAUGACAGAAGGUUUCGAACGCUCCUCAUCUUUCAUUGGCCGGAUUAAACAUAGCCCCGCCCCCUCGCGCAAUUAGUUGAGAUUGCGUUUUUCUUUAAACAAAUAUUUCUGAUGUAAAAAACUGGCUCUGUACUUAAUAUGCAGAGACGAUUAUAAAAUCAUUUGUAGCUGGAUUUUUCUAAAAAAAAAAAAAAAAAAAGUGUGGCUCUUUGGUGAUAAAAGCUUGUUUGGUUUGAGCAUCGUGCAAACUGAAACAUUAGCUCAAAGCAUGGCGUGAGUUUGGGGUGGUACUAUAUGUUUUUUUAUUUUAUUAAUUUUUUUGGCCAAUGGCAAACGAGGAGAGUCAUUAUUUUUGCAAAUCCGCUCGGUGGGGCGGGAAUUAAAUUCUCAUUAUUGUUGACAAAAAAAAAAAAAAUUAAAUUCUCAUUUUUCUUAUCGUCUUUAUUUUUCAACAUGUAAAUAUUAAUGAUUUUGAACAAGCUCUCAGUGAUAGUGAACUUGUCUGUAGAAAUAAAUUGUGAAAUCCUAACGGAGAGCGCCAGAUGUUGCUUGGAUCACGUGACCUUACAGCUUCAUAUGUGUUUGGAUAUACGAGGGGACGAGCUCCCUCUGUGGCUCUUUCUAGAUAUAUCUGCAUGAAAAAAGACAAAAAAGAGACAGUUUUUGCUGCUUUCUAUGUUCUUGACACCAGCCGUCAUUCUGAGUGUGAGCUCAGAAGGUAACGACCAUGUCUCAAAGCUGUUACAGACGUGUUUUCUUGUGCUUGUAACACAUCUGCCUGCCAGUAGGUAACGCUUUUUCUUUGGUUGUAUAUUUGAGGAACGAGGAGAUUUGAUGUGUCUCUCGUGUAGGUCUGACAUGUUUCAUUGUGUCUUUGAGAUGUCUUCAUAUUGUGGACUAACUCAUUUCAAUCUGAAUGUAACACCAGACAACUAUAUCUUACAUUCAGCUGCUCUGUUAAGCUGCCUGCUGUUUCUUCUGCUUUGAUGUAGAGAUGAUGUCCAUGUUUGACCUGUGAACAUUUUGUAUGUGUCUGAAUUCCAUUCUUGACAAACAACUCUUGAAUUUCUGGAAUUUAUGUAAUUUUUUCUAUAUGUGCAUGUUGUCUUUGAGUGAGAGAGAGAGAUAUAGAGAUGUAAUAUUACAUAUUAAAAAUAGCUGAUCUAAUAAAUAUUUAA